AUGACAUCUACAAAGCGCCCGAAUUUUCUGAUCAUUGUUGCUGAUGACCUCGGGUUUAGCGACACCUCCCCUUUCGGUGGGGAGAUUCACACGCCCAACCUCCAUCAGCUGGCACAGGAAGGUUUGCGGAUGACCGACUUUCACACCGCAGCGUCAUGCUCGCCAACUCGCGCGAUGCUUCUCUCAGGCACCGACGCUCACAUCGCCGGACUCGGGGUCAUGGCUGAGCGACGGAACCGGUUUCCCCAUAUCUUCGAUGGGAAGACAGGCUACGAGGGCUACCUGAAUUACAAGGUGGCCGCAUUGCCAGAGAUAAUGCAGGAUAACGGAUAUUUUACAUGCAUGUCCGGGAAAUGGCAUCUUGGUCUCACUAAGGAUGUGGCGCCUUGCUCUCGAGGUUUCACCAAAGUCUUUGCCACCUUACCUGGCGCAGGCAAUCACUUCAACCACGAACCGCAACUCUACGACACAACAUCGAAACCGCGGGUCAUCUUCAGGGACAAGGAGGGACUGUGGAUGCGCGACGAUAAGUUCAUCAACGGCGCAACGGAUUUACCCGAAGACUUCUAUUCCUCAAAGACCUUCACCGAUAAUCUCUUGUCGAUCCUGGGAAAUCGGACAGAGAUGCAGAGAGAGCAGCCGUUCUUUUCUUAUCUCGCCUUCACAGCGCCGCAUUGGCCGUUGCAGGCGCCGCAAGACACAAUCCGGAAGUACAAGGGCUGGUACGACGACGGGCCGCUUGCUCUGCGAAGUCGUCGAUUGAAGAGUCUGAUCAAAAAUGAGCUGGUACCAGAGGGGGUCGAUCCGGCUCCAAUCAUCACGCUGGGGACUACCCCUUGGGACGAACUCACUGACGAAGAGCGGCGGUUGUCAAGUCGGACGAUGGAGAUUUACGCUGCCAUGGUCGAUGUCAUGGAUGAAAACAUUGGGCGAGUGCGGCAGUAUCUAGAGUCGACCGGGGAGUGGGACGAUACCUUCCUGGUCUUCAUGUCCGACAAUGGGGCCGAGGGACAGCUGCUGGAGGCUAUUCCGGUCAUGGCCGGGAUGACAGUGGGGGACGUGAUCGAAAAGCACUAUGAUAACUCUUUAGAGAACCUGGGCAACCACGAUUCAUUUGUAUGGUAUGGACCGCAGUGGGCGUCAGCGGCCACCGCACCGUGCAGAGCCACCAAGUCUUUCACCACAGAGGGUGGCAUUCGCUGCCCGUGCAUCGUGCGGUAUCCGCCGAUGAUGAGUAUGGAGCCGGGGGCUAUCACGGAAACGUUCACGACAGUUAUGGAUGUGCUUCCGACCGUGCUGGAUCUUGCGGGACUGCACCACCCUGGGACAAAUUUUCGGGGAAGAGAGGUAGCCCUUCCAAGAGGACAUUCCUGGCGCCCGCUCUUGGAGUCAGGUGAUGGAAGGGUUAAUCUGUACGAGUCCGAUGUCGUGGGAUGGGAACAGCUGGGCAUAGCCGCUGUCCGUGUCGGCCAUUGGAAAGCCGUGUUUCUCCCUCCACCACGCGGAGAGGGCAAGUGGGAGCUGUACGAUCUGUCAACAGAUCUGGGGGAAGUGCAUGAUCUGGCGGACAGCCAUCCGGAAAAGCUGGGGGAGAUGAUUGCACAUUAUGAAGCGUACUUUCAGAAUUCGGGGAUGUUUGACGCGUAUUCUCUGUUCCAGGAAGAACUCAAGAAAACCGGCUCAAAGAGGAAUUGGUGA